AUGAAAGACAGCCGCCUCUGGCAUCUCACGUGCGCCUGGGUGGUGCGCAGCCCCGAGGAGCAGCCGUGCAGAGGGCAGGCGUGCACAGUAGGUUGGAGCCGAAAUCCCACCAGAUCCCGGAGAGGCAGCACAGCCACAACACUGACGGGUGCUCCUCCCAAGGUGCCUCGUGCAUUUUUCUUCUUGGAAUUGUCAGAUGACUUUUUCGUUGCUAUUUGCCUAAGGAAAUCUAACGUCAGUGUAAUGGCAACAUAUAGACAUCCUCAUGUAGCCUCCAUCUGGGCAGGGGGUGCAGAUGAGCCCCUGAAUCCAAAACCGAAUCCCAGAGAACGUCAGAAGGCUCUCAAGAGCUGCCUCCCCACCACCAUCUGGAACCAGUAUGGCCCCAUUUGA